AUGGAAGAAUCAGCAGCAGAGAAGGACGCCCGUCGGACGGCCAGCGACAGGCCGUGUCUGGACACCGACUACUACGACCUCGGCGACCUCCAUCGCCCCGUUUCCACCUCCAUCCCAAUCGCCCAGACCUGGUUCAACCGCGGCCUCGUCUGGUGCUACGGCUUCAACCACGAGGAGGCGGCGAAAUGCUUCGAGCGCGCCGUUGCUCACGAUCCCACCUGUGCCAUGGCCUACUGGGGCCUCGCCUACGCCUUGGGGCCCAACUACAACAAGCCCUGGGAUCUGUUCGGCCGCAGGGAGCUGCAGAACACGGCGGACCGGACGCAUCGAGCGAUUGAAAAGGCCAAGGCGUGCUCCGAAUCGGCCACUCCUGUCGAGAGGGCGCUCAUCGAGGCUCUUCGGUAUAGAUACCCAAGGUCGGCGGCCCCGACCAAGACGGACCGCCCCAUAUGGAAUCGCGAAUACGCCGACGCCAUGGGCUCCGUCUCGGCCCAGUUCCCAGACGACCUGGACGUUGCCGCUCUCUACGCCGACUCCAUGAUGAACCUCACUCCCUGGGCCCUGUGGGACAUCAAGACGGGCAAACCAGCUUCAGACGCCCGCACGCUCGAGGUAAAACAGAUCCUCGAGCACGGCAUGUCUCUCGAGGGCGGCAGCAGACACCCAGGGCUUCUGCAUCUAUACAUCCACCUCAUGGAAAUGUCAAACACCCCAGAAGCCGCCAUGCCCGCGGCCGAUCACCUUCGCGGCCUGGUCCCCGACGCAGGCCACCUGAACCACAUGCCGAGCCACCUCGACAUCCUCGUGGGCGACUACGCCAGGGCCGUCGUCGCAAACUCCGACGCCGUCCGCGCCGACGAAAAGUUCCUCGAGCGAGAGGGCCCCAUGAACUUUUACACCCUGUACCGGAGCCACGACUACCACUUCCGCCUGUACUCGGCCAUGUUCGCCGCCCAGUCCAAGAUUGCCCUCGAGACCGUCGAGCGCCUCGAGGCCAGCUUCUCCGAGGAGCUCCUCCGCGUCGACACGCCUCCCAUGGCCGACUGGCUGGAAGCCUUCCUCGCCAUGCGCGUGCACGUCCUCAUCCGCUUCGGCCGCUGGAAGGACAUCCUCGCGCUCAGACUGCCCGAGGACCAAGACCUCUACUGCGUCACCACGGCGCUCACCUUUUACGCAAGGGGCAUGGCGUUGGCGGCGCUGGGACAGGUCGACGAGGCUCGUGAGCAGCGCCGGCUCUUCGGCGAGUCCGUCCCCCGCGUCAAGCCCACCCGCACCCUCUUCAACAACAAAUGCAUCGACAUCCUCUGCGUCGCCGAAGCCAUGCUCGACGGCGAAAUCGAGUACCGCUCCGGCAACUACCCCGCCGCCUUUGCCCACCUCCGCGAAUCAAUCUCCCGCUACGACGGCCUCCCCUUUGACGAGCCUUGGGGAUGGAUGCAGCCCGCGCGACAUGCUUACGGCGCACUUUUACUCGAGCAGGGCCAUGUAAGUGAGGCUUUGAGUAUAUAUAGUGCAGAUUUGGGCAUCGACGACUCCUUGCCGCGGGUCCAUCGCCAUCCGAACAACGUAUGGGCACUGCACGGCUAUCACGAGUGUUUGGUGAAGCUGGGCAGGACAGAGGAAGCAAAGGCGGUGGAAGGCCCGCUGAAGAAGGCCAUGGCUCUAGCGGACGUGCCCAUUACAUCGUCGUGCUUUUGUAGGUUGACGGCCAAGAUAUGA